AUCUUCCCCAACGUGUAAAGCUGUGAACAACUGAAAACACUACGCUCUCGGCACUCGCAGCUUCUUCAUAGAAUCAAAGUUCAAAAGCGAUAGAGAGAAACUAUUAUCAUGUUGAAUUGCUCGCGAUAAUAAUAACGAAAUUAGCAAAAGUUUAUUGGAUUUGCUAAUCUAUAUAGAAAUGAUUUCAAUUUCUUCGUCCAGACCUUUGCAACUUCAAUUCCUAAACAGAAUCCGGCCGUCUCGCCAUUCACUCUCGCCGCCGCCGUCUUCUCAUUCAUUUCACGGGUGGAGGCAACCUGAGUUUCGCCGGUGCGUGACGGCGCUGAAGAUCGGCUCUGAAGGCGGCAGGAUUGGGACUGACCAGGACGCUUACGGCUCAGAGCUGCUGAGGAAACCGGUGGCCACGCCGUCGUUGGAGCCUGCCGGAGAGGAAGAGCCAGUGGAGGAGGAUGAUUACGAUGAGAAUGAGAGGAGUGACGAAGAGAGUUGGGUUGAUUGGGAGCAAAAGAUUUUGGAGGAUACAAUUCCGCUUGUCGGGUUUGCUAGGAUGAUUCUUCAUUCUGGAAGAUACGAACCUGGUGAUAGACUAAGCUUUGAGCAUGAAAAAAUUAUUUUAGAAAGGUUUCUUCCAUACCAUCCAGAGGGUGAAAAGAAGAUUGGAUGUGGUGUUAACUAUAUUACUAUAGGAUACCACCCAGAUUUUGGAAGAUCAAGAUGUUUAUUCGUAGUGCGUAACGAUGGAGAAUCUGUUGAUUUUUCUUACUGGAAGUGCAUAAAGGGCUUGAUCAGGAAAAACUACCCACUUUAUGCUGACAGCUUUAUUCUUAGGCAUUUUCAGAGGCGUACCCGUGAGUGAAGGUAUAGUUUUGAACUUGUAGUUAUCCCAACUUCUAUGAAAAGAAAUUCUUGGACCUAUUGCUUUGAGCAACCACCUCUUUAAGGGCAAUGAUCUAAGAUGAUGUAAAUUGUUGCAUUUAGUAUGUUGUGAAAAGUACCAGAAUAUACAUUCUGUAAAUCUUCAGUUGGAGGAUGAUUGUUUAAAACUUUCUUUUACCUAGAUGAGCAUUUAACUAUUUCUUUCAUCUC